UAGUGGCUUGUAGCUUGUUUGUACAGGUUCGGAUCGAGUGAAGACGUGACGUGCUUAUCCUCUCCGUUAAUUCUGUAUUGUGUGUUUGUAUUUUGUUUCAUACAAAAUGUACGAGUGCUGUGUAUGUAAAAGUUCACGACAGGACGCUAUUUUACAUCAUUUUCCUCGCACUGAGAAAAGACUCAUGAAGUGGUUAAAGUGUCUAAAUCGUGAUAAUCUGAAAAAGUUAUCACCAGAAGAACUUUCAAACGUUUUUGUAUGUCAAAAACACUUUGAAAAGAGGUUUAUUACGCCGAAAUUACGUCUCAUAGGCAGUGCAUAUCCAUCUUUGUUUACCGAAGACGAGAUUUCCUCUGGAAUACCAUCACAGGACAAUGCCGAAAACAUGGAUAUUGAUUUGGAGCAUAGUUACUCGCGUGAAAGACACUUUGACCACACAUACUUUCAAAGGGAACCACUAAAAGAAGUAAUUGCCUCUAGCUCCAGUGAGUCUCAGAAUGUGUCUGGCCCAUCGCAAAUUCCACCGCCUAAACAGGACUUAGUUAAUCCUGUAAUCAUUGAACCAGUGAUGAAUGAAGCAUUUCAAGCCUCUGUCUUGGAUACAGUCAGAAUUGCUAAGGAUCCGAAACCUAUGAGAAGACGUUUAAUCACGAAAGCAAAAGAUUUGUCACCGACAUGCAAAAGUAUUUAUAAAGAAUACAAAAAGUCUAAACAGCAGUCCGAUUUUCUUCGAAGAGCUAAGAGAGCCCUUCAGUUUAAUAAGAAAAUGUCUUCGGUCUCUAAACACGUGAACUCCGUCACCGCGUUACGGCCGCGCGGCGGCGACAUAUUCGCGUCAAAUAAACGCGCACUUAGAGUUAAUUUUCAAUUGCCAUCAGACUCGAUCCAUCCACAAUAA